AUGCCUGAAACCAGAAAUAAAUUAUCUAGGGUACCUUCGAAACCACCGGUUUUACCACCAUUACUGAUACAUAGCUCUCCCUAUCACGCGAUAGAUUUUCAAGAUUUUCAAGAAGACAAUAAUGACAUUACGUGGUCUCUGAAUGAUGAUGCCUCGGGAAAAAAUGGUAAACUGAAAGCUGUUCAGGAACCAAAAUUUCCACCACAAAAGGCCGUCAGAUUUGAUUUACGACCCCAUCCAAAAACCACACGGCAACCACUAAAUUCAAUUCUAAUGGCAUUUUCUUCGUCUUCGGGCGCCGUUGCUCCUGAACAAUCGAGCUCACAGGAUGCCAAGAUACCCUUCACGUUGUUGUCUAAUGAUGGUGACAAAGUUUAUGAGGCUUAUGACGGUGAGGAAUAUGAAGAAAUUAUUCACACAAGAAAUGGACCUAAAAGAUUUAACGAUAAUCUGUGGGAUUUACCAUGGAGGAAACACGGCAAACUUACAAGGAAAUUUUGGUUUGUUUUUCUCAUUUCAAUAUCGGUGUUAAUAUUUAUUAUCCUUACUACCGGUGUAGUAUGUUUGCUUGUUUUUUGGCAUGACAAUUGA